GUGGAGACAGGAAUGGAUGAUGAGCCGCAUGCUAUCUCUUCUCUUUGUUUUUCUUUCAUGUGAACUGGCUCAUUCCAUUUUUUUCAAUCGCUUAGGGUUGGGGGUUCAGUUUUAAUUGAAGAAUAUAAAAGUGAAUAUAAAGAAUGUUUAAAACACAUGAAAUCGAUAAAAACAAUAUAUAAUAUUACGAUAUAUUUUCGAUUAAGUCAUAUGAUAUCAUUUGUUGACUACCUUUUUAAUCAUGUUAAUAUAUUAUUUAGAGGGGAGUGUAGAGUUUCCAAGGAGGUCCCGUCCCUGAGCCGAGUCUAGUUACCCUCUGUGCUAAAUCAACGUACCGGGUAUCUGAUUUAAUCUGAUAUCCCUAGUCCAUCUACCAAAAAUGGCUUCUUUUGAUGCGAUUUCGCUAGUUGAACAGUGCGAGCAGCAAGAAUUAGAGGCCCCAGGAGGUGUUGCUACUUCAGAGCUCUACAAGAAGUUGCUUGCUCUUUACCUUUUGCAAAAUGAUCUAAACAAUGCCAAAUUCUUGUGGAAGAGAAUUCCAGCCUCAGUUAAAACAGGUGACCCAGAGCUUGGAUUUAUAUGGGAUAUUGGUCAGAACAUGUGGCAGAGGGAUUUCUCAUCGUCCAAACUGUACAGUGCUCUCAACAGAGAAUGGUCUGAUGGCAUCAAGGAAAUAGUUUCUGCACUUUCAGAUUCUGUCAAACAGAGACUAUUCCAACUUGUAGGGAAUGCAUACACCUCAAUAGAAGCCGAUCAGUUUGCAUCGUAUCUAGGAAUGUCCAAGGAGCAAGCCAUUAAUGCUGUCCAAGAAGAAGGUUGGUCAUACAACUCUACUGCUCAAAUGAUUUUACCCAUUAAACCAGUUUCCUCAAAAGAAGCCCCAAUACCCAGUGAACAACAGAUAGCUCAACUAACAGAGUUUGUAGCCUUCUUAGAAAAUUGAAAGGACCUAGAUGGAUACACCAGAGGCAAGAAUCGGAUGCCUACACAUAUCAUGUGGAUGCAUGGUAGGCUUGCCCAGUGUUCCACUCAUUGGAUGUACUGAAUUUAAAGACUAAUAGACUUCAAAGUCAGCCAAUAUCUGCUUGGAGAUGUGCUUUGAUGUUCCUGGAAGACAUGCCCUUCAUCCAGUAACCAAACCGAGGAGACCCGGAGGCUAUUGUGCUAACUACAAUGAUAACAGAACUCAGCAGCCAAUCAAUAUCAAGGUAGCUGUGUUCAAUACUGUAAUUAAAAUAUUACCAUAAUUUGUAUGUCUUUAUGGAAACAGGAACCUGGUGAUAGUUUUAUGAAGCAUCUAAAGAUUUGCACUUGAUCCAUUCAGGUGCUAGGAUUUCAGUACAUUAUAAAAGCUGUCAGUGAUCUGCUUGCAAGAUGCUUUAUAUGAAAUGUCUCCCACCCCCAAUAGUUUUUUUUUCUAAUAUUUUUCAAUAAAUUGUGCUACCUGCUUAAGCAAAUUCAGUCAGUUGAUUCAAUAUUAUUUGACAAGUCAAAUGUCAAAGCUCUGACAGCGUCAUUUUCAGUGAAUGUGCGAGUAAUCAAUGGCCCACAAUGGCUCACCUACCAAACCUUUGGCCAAAGUGUUCCGGCACCACCGCAUGCAGUAUCUAAAUGCCAUAGUAAAUUUAAUUCAUUUGGUGAUUUCUGAACUGGUUGGUAUUCGCUCAUUCAUAAGUUUGCCCUGAAUUCUCUAAGAAAAAAGUCAGUAAUGUAAGUAAAUUGCACAUGUAAUCAUUUUUUGAAGGCUGAUAGAAACAGAAAACCUCAUUUGCUAGCAGAACUUUUGAGCUGAAUCAUCUUCAUUUUUCAGUGAAAGGAUUUUAAUGUGUGGUUUAGGUGUUUACUCAUAAGCAAUGAUAGACUAUAAGAUUUUACUCAUCUCUUGCAUCAGAAGGAUCAAAGAAUGGAUUUUUGAAUAAUGAUCAAGACUGUUUGGGAAUGUACUGUUACCUUAGAACUGAUAAUCAGUGAUCUUUUUCUCACUUCAUCAACGUUAUCUGAUGAUUUUAAGCUCAAUGUUUAUCUGGUGAUUUUAAGUUCUUUCUGCGUUGACCCUUUGGUGUUGGAAAGAUUUUUGUAUCAGCUUAGCACCAAUUUAAAUAAAAGACUGGUCUUGAAACAAGUCUUACUUGGUGUUGAGCUAUCAAUAAUGUAAUUUGGACCAUUUUUGUAAACUCAUAUUAGGUGAGUGAGUUUGGAAGGCAAUUAAAAUUUUGCAUCCAACCAAUAAAAGCACCAAGGCUGGACUUGAAAUCACCCAUUGUAUUGGCUAAAGAAUCAGAAUUGUUAUGGACAUGUUCCUAAUCCUUUGACUGCUAAGAGAAUUAUUUUCAGACAUUAUUAUGUACUCUGAAGAAAUGGAGUUGUAAAUAUAUUUUAUGUUAUUGAAAUUUAUUAAAAUAUGUUAAACAUA